AUGGCAUCAAAUCGACAGCGUGCGGCCGAAAAGGCCCUGCAUGAUCAGACGAAUAUUCUGCCUUUCGCGCAGCUCAUGGUUGUGUUCUCAGGAUUGGCCAUUUCAUUACUCAUUACUAUGUCCGACCAGAAUGGUAUUAGUGUGACUUUGCCCACUAUUGCACGCGACUUGAAUGCCCAAGAUACUAUAUCCUGGGCUGGAACCUCUUCUCUAAUUGCGAAUACUAUGUUUACAGUGCUCUAUGGCCGAUUGUCAGAUAUCUUCGGCCGCAAGAAUAUCUACAUUUCCGCAUUGGUGUUGCUGUGUAUCGCGGAUUUAUGUUGUGGUCUAUCAGUCAAUUCAACCAUGUUCUAUGUUUUCCGAGGUCUUGCUGGUGUUGCUGGCGGUGGUGUAACGUCUCUUACUAUGAUCAUUGUAUCUGAUAUUGUUACCCUCGAACAACGUGGAAAGUAUCAAGGUAUUCUGGGUGCUGCUCUUGGCACUGGAAAUGUCAUCGGCCCCUUUAUUGCUGCUGCUUUCAUUAUGGAUUCCACAUGGCGUGGAUUCUUCUGGCUGAUCUCUCCUUUAGCUGCCGUUUCUGCUAUUGUUGGGUUCUUCCUUAUCCCGAACAAUGCAAAGAAGGGCAACUUUAGGCAGAAUAUCAAGCGGAUCGAUUGGUGGGGUGUGCUUGCCUCCUCUGUCGGUAUUAUUCUCAUAUUGAUCCCUAUCUCUGGUGGUGGUUCAUACUUCCAAUGGGAUUCCGCUAUGGUCAUUAGUAUGCUUGUGAUCGGUGGCUUGUCUUUCAUCGCCUUUAUUCUUAUUGAAUGGAAAGUGGCUACAUUGCCAAUGUUGCCAAUGUCUUUCUUCAAAAACCCCGUCAUCACUGCUCUUCUUGUGCAAAGCUUCCUAUUAGGUGCUGUCUACCAGGCAUAUCUAUACUACCUGCCUCUCUACUAUCAAAACGCACGUGGCUGGGAUCCAAUUGUGUCUGCGGCAUUGACAGCUCCUAUGGUAGCCUGUCAGUCCGUCUCCUCGGUUUGUUCCGGUCAAUAUAUCUCCCGGCUUAAGCGUUAUGGGGAGGUUAUCUGGUUUGGAUUUGGGCUCUGGACACUCGGUGCUGGUUUGAUGCUAUUAUUCGGUCGCCAGACUCAUCCAGCCGUUAUCGGUGUCAUCGUUGGAAUCACCGGUCUUGGUAUUGGAUGUACGUUCCAGCCAACAAUGGUCGCCAUACAAGCGCAUGCCACCAAAUCCCAGCGUGCUGUUGUGAUUUCCAACCGAAACUUCUUCCGCUGUAUGGGCGGCUCAGUUGGUCUGGCCGUCUCAGCUGCACUUUUACAGGCAACUCUUAAAUCCAGUCUUCCCAGUAACCUCUCUUACUUGGCAAAGUCCAGUUACUCGCUUCCUUCCGAGUCCAGUGUCUCUGCAGCAGAGUGGUCUGAGAUUCUGAACUCCUACUCGAAGGCUUCACAUUCCGUCUUCAUUCUUCAAGUUCCAUUGAUUGGUCUAUGUUUCCUUGCAUGUCUUCUUAUUCGUGACCGUGGCCUUGAGCGACCGAAGGAGCCGGAGGAAAUCGAGGAGGAGAAGCGAAAGGCCGAAGAAGCCGCUAGGGAUGCCGAGGCUGCUCUUCAUGAAGUUGAUGAGACUGAGAAUCACGAAAUUGAGGGAAAUGAGGAAACAACCGAGAAGCGUCAUUCUAUGUCCUCGACACUUGCGGAAUCCUCUAUGCCGCCCUCUCAUGUAUUCACUCGGACAGAGCCCUGGAUCAUCAAGGCAGGUGAGUCCGGCGUCGAGGGACCACAAUCCGAGGAAGCGUGGGCGAACAGCAUGUACCCGCUUGCGACAAUGAAUAUCCAACAUGUUCCAACUGCCAGAAGGCCGGAGUCCCGUGUGACAAAUCAAGCUUACACACGCGCUUUAGAAGAGCGAGUAGCAUUCCUGGAAGGCAAGCUGGGACAUGCCGAUACGGCUACAGCGAACCAAAAUGCCUCUGGCACCAAUGCUGCUGCCUCACUAUGGUCCCCUCAGGGAGGACACGCCACACCUCAGACUACUACGUCUGGCCUUGAUAACAACCCAGUCGGAGAGAUUGUGGGCCUCCUUGCAUUAAGCUCCUCCGAAGCACCCGCAUACGUGGGGGCAAGCUCGGGCCUCUCGCUGGCUGCUAACCUGGGAGAAAUGGUUCAAACGAGUGUUUGGAACCAAUUUAUGUCUAGAAUGCACCAAAAGCAAAAUUCAAGCGCUGCAAAUGCGUCCCAACGCCCUCUCAAUUCAGGGGCAGACCAGUCCCAACAUCAGCAACAGUCUGAUGCCGCUGGUGGGUGCGUCCGUGCUCGAGAUCAUUCGAUGAACAUUGACCCUCCAAAUGAUGAAGUAGGUUCCAAAAUCCUGGAAACUUAUUUCAUCAGGCUUCAUGCUCGGUAUCCCUUCUUGGAUCGAAGCAGGACAUGGAGACUCCAUGAAGACAGAUGGCGACUGGCGAAAACAAAAUGUGGUGACUUGACGCAGGACGACCUAUACACAAUCUUCAAGUUGAAUAUGAUAUAUGCAAUCGGCACCACAAUGCUUAAAAUCAGUGAUGAUAAAAAGUUUUCAAAUGCACAGCCUGAACGAUUUUACGCCAAUGCCCUACAAUAUGCACCCACAAUGUGUGAUGCACGCUCUAUUGAAAACAUUGAAGCUAUGGUUCUUCUUGUCGUUUAUCAUCUACGGACCGCUUCCAGUCAUGGGAUGUGGUACAUGAUCGGACUUGCCAUGCGCACUGCCAUCGACCUCGGUCUCCAUCGAAAGGCAAAUGAGAUCAACAUGGAUCCAUUUUCAGCGCAGAUGCGACGGAGACUUUUUUGGACAGUCUAUUAUCUUGAAAGGGUGGUAUCCAUGUCUCUGGGUCGCCCGUUCAGCAUAUCCGACCGUCAUAUCGAUCUCGAUUUACCAUGGGACGUCGACGACGACAUAGAAGACCCUGCCAUACUCACAGCACCACCAGACCUGACCAAGACGAGCAAUCUUACAUUUGCGAUCUAUCUUUUCAAACUUCGUCGCAUUGACUCCCGCAUCCAACACAAGAUCUAUCGCGCCGAUCGUCCUUUAUCUUCUUUACGACCAAAAAUGGACCCCUUGUACCUCGAACUCGAACAGUGGAAAGAAUCCGCCUUUCUGCGAUUUAGAGGCGCUGAUCUUGAUUAUCCCAUGCUUCAUUAUAAUAGAGCGGUUCGACUUCUAAUUCAGCCCUUCUUACCCCUCCUCCCUAUCACCGACCCUUUUUACCACAUCUGUCUCCGCGCCGCUGGGGAUAUCUGUCAAUCUCAUAAGCGCCUUCACCAAACAUUGGAAUACGGUCAUUCAUUCCUAGCUGUCCAAACUGUCUUCAUGGCUGGAAUCACAUUACUCUAUGCAGUGUGGACUCACACUGAACAAGUCUGGUCCGUAAGCAUGAGUAACGACAUUCGCGCAUGCUCAACUGUUCUAUUCGUCAUGGGAGAAAGAGCAGCAUGGGUGAAGAAAUACCGCGAUGCGUUCGAGUUACUUGUGAAUGCCGCCAUGGAAAAGUUACAAGGAAAUGAGACAGCCCGAAACACCGGCAUGACCGAACUCAUGACAGCAAAGCAUGGUGGUAUCUUCAGUAAUAAUAAUCCUUCUGAUAUGCCCAUUGGAGAGAAGUUCCCACCGGCGAAUCCCACGGGCUUGGCACCUGAGACGACGGGUAGUGCCUAUCCGGCUGAUGAUACGGAUCAUGCUGUGAGAAUGGCACUACAGCUUGCGCCGUGGAUUGAUCAGGAUGAGAGCGAUCCAUUGUGGAUGCCUGAUUUCGAGACGCUGGAGAAUCUAUCAGGGACUUUCUGGAGUCAUGCAGACACGACCCUUUUUGAUGCAUUGUAG